ACGUUCGUGCGCGUCUGCCGCUAGGAUCAGACGCUUAGUUUUUAGUGUCUUAGCAAAACAGAGCAGUAAAUUGUGUAUUUAUUUAUUAAGUGCUAAGCUCUAAUCGUGCUGCUUCCAAUAUUUAAAGUUACUUUGUAUGUCUCUAAUUCAUUACUUCUAAAGUUACAUAUAAAACGAUUUUUCGUGCUCUUCAAAAUGGAAGAAGGAGACUCGAAAUCUGGGAAAAAUUCGCCCAAAACAGAAGAGAAGUUUGGUAGCUGCUAUUGUGGUAAGGAGAGAAAUUUUAAUAUAGUCGAGCUACUGUGCGUUACAUGUAACCGCUGGUUCCACGAGUCUUGCAUCGGAUUUCAACUAGGCCGUUUGGUCCCAUUUGUGAUGAAUUAUGUAUUCGUCUGCAAAAACUGCUCCAUGACUGGUCUUGAAAGUUUCCGGAAAACGCAAGCUACCAUCCCGCAAAUGUGUAUUACUGCUAUAGCGAAUCUGCAACAAGCUGCUACGAAGGAGGGUAAAACGCGGCUAAUGUUUAGCAAGGAUAAAGAUAUUAUUCCCUACAUGGAUCAUUAUUGGGAAUCGAUGACAACGAUGAGCCGCAGAUCGACACAGUCAUGGUAUGCUACCGUACAGCGGACAUUGAUUAAGGAUAUUAAUUCUCUGUUCACGUAUGAAGAAACUAACGAAAACGGGCAAAUGUAUGGUUUGGUAGUGCAAGAUUUAGGUCAGAUAAGGCCAAACUAUGAUGAAGGAGGCGGAUUGGGCGCACAGAAUCUGGCCAAAGCGGGUCGGCAACCAAAGCGUAAAUUUCCGAACAACGAUCAGGGCGGCGCCCUGAACAAAAAGAGUCGAAUCGGAACCGAACUGGGUGCGCUGGUGAAACUUCCUGCGCACGGUUAUCCCUUGGAGCAUCCUUUCAACAAAGAUGGUUACCGAUAUAUUCUCGCUGAGCCAGAUCCACAUGCCCCUUUUCGGCAAGAGUUCGACGAGAGUGCCGAUUGGGCUGGAAAACCUAUUCCCGGGUGGUUGUAUAGGGUACUUUCACCAAAUGCGGUUCUGAUAGCACUUCAUGAUCGCGCACCACAGCUCAAGGUAUCCGAAGAUCGCCUGGCGGUUACUGGCGAAAAGGGAUACUGUAUGGCAAGAGCGACGCAUUAUGUAACGCGUGGAUGUUGGUAUUGGGAGGCGACAGUAGAGGAGAUGCCUGAAGGCUCUGCUUGUCGUCUAGGUUGGGGUCAAGAAUACGCUAAUUUGCAGGCUCCGCUGGGCUAUGACAAGUUUGGCUAUUCGUGGCGCUCGCGCAAAGGAACACGUUUUCACGAGUCUCAUGGAAAACAUUAUAGCGAUGGUUACGGUGCAGGGGAUACACUGGGUUUUAUGAUUGUACUUCCAGAAUCUAAUCCAUCAGGGCAUAUUCCCAGCACAUUCAAAGAUCGACCGCUAGUUAAGUUUAAGAGUCAUCUUUACUACGAGGAAAAGGAUAAAGUAACCGAAACUUUGAAAACACUGAAAGUGCUGCCGGACGGAAAAAUUUUCUUUUUUAAAAAUGGUGUUUGUCAAGGUGAAGCAUUCACUGAUAUUUUUGGUGGGGCAUAUUAUCCUGCUUUAUCGGUUCACAAAAAUGCCACGAUUAGUCUGAAUUUUGGGCCAAAUUUCAAACAUUCGGAAGUGCUAGAACAGUUUAACACAAAAGGGAUGAAUGAGCGUGUAGAGGAGAUAAUCUGCGAGCAAACUAUGGCUGACAUGAUGUACUUUACCGAAAAUGACGGAAAACUGAGAUUGGACAGCUAUAAUAUUUAGGUAGUCUCCAGGGUUAUAAAUAAAAAUUGUCUCCUCAAAUAAUAAA